AUGUUAUUACGUACUACCACUGCUGGUACUAGACUAGCUUUCAAGUCACAAACUGCGGCAUUCGCACAUGCUUUACGUUACUAUUCGCAUUUACCAUUGAAGGUCAAGGUUGAUUUGCCAAAUGGUAUUUCAUACGAACAACCAACUGGUUUGUUCAUCAAUAACCAAUUUGUUCCUUCCAAGCAAGGGAAGACUUUUGAAGUGUUGAGUCCUUCAACCGAAGAAGAAAUUACUCAUGUUUACGAAGGUCGGGAGGAAGACGUGGAUGCGGCUGUUGAGGCUGCAGACAAAGCUUUCAAGUCCGGUGUCUGGUCUAAGGUUGACCCACUAGUCAGAUCUCAGUGUUUGAGCAAGUUAGCUGAUUACAUUGAAAAGGAUUUGGAUACCAUUGCUUCUAUCGAAUCUCUGGACAAUGGUAAAGCUAUCUCAUCUGCUAAAGGUGAUGUUCAACUAGUUGUUAACUACCUAAGAUCAGCUGCUGGCUACGCUGAUAAGGUGGAUGGUAGAGUCAUUGAUACUGGUUCGACUCAUUUCUCUUACACAGUUAGAGAACCAUUAGGUGUCUGUGGUCAAAUUAUCCCAUGGAACUUCCCAUUGUUGAUGUGGGCUUGGAAGAUUGCUCCAGCUCUUGCUACCGGUAAUACUGUUGUCUUGAAGACCGCUGAAUCCACACCUUUGUCUGCACUAUACGUUUCUCAAUACAUUCCAAAAGCGGGUAUCCCAGACGGUGUUGUGAACAUCGUUUCUGGUUUCGGUAAAAUUGUUGGUGAGGCUAUUACAACUCAUCCAAAGAUUAAGAAGGUUGCAUUCACUGGUUCCACUGCUACUGGUCGUCAUAUCUACCAAAAUGCCGGUGUCAAUUUGAAGAAGGUCACAUUGGAGCUAGGUGGUAAGUCACCAAACGUUGUUUUCGCUGAUGCAAACUUGAAAUCCGCUGUUCAAAACUCUUUGUUGGGUAUCUACUAUAACUCCGGUGAAGUCUGCUGUGCUGGUUCCAGGUUGUAUGUUGAAGAAUCUAUUUAUGACGAUUUCUUGAAGGAAAUUAAGUCUGCUUCAGAAGCUCUAAAGGUUGGUGAUCCUUUCGAUGCAGAAACUUUCCAGGGUGCUCAAACUUCGCAAAAUCAAUUGGACAAGAUCUUGAAAUAUGUGGAGAUUGGUAAGAAUGAAGGUGCUACUUUAAUUACUGGUGGUGAAAGAAUUGGUGACAAGGGUUACUUUGUUAGACCAACUAUUUUCGCUGAUGUUGAAGAAAGCAUGAGAAUCGUUAAGGAAGAAAUCUUCGGCCCUGUUGUCACUGUCACCAAGUUUAAAACCAUUGAUGAAUUGAUUGAAAAGGCCAACGACUCUGAAUAUGGAUUGGCUGCAGGAAUUCACACAUCUAACAUCAAUACUGCCAUCCAGGUUUCAAACAGAUUGAAUGCUGGUACCGUCUGGAUUAACACAUACAACGACUUCCACCACUGUGUUCCGUUCGGUGGUUUCAAUGCUUCUGGUAUUGGUAGAGAAAUGGGUUCUGAAGCUCUAGACAAUUACACUCAAGUCAAGGCUGUCCGUGUUAAAUUGGAGUAA